AUGUCCGAACACCGAGCACUCUUUCUUCCCGAGAAACAAGCUCCCUUCGUCGUUAGGUCUGUACCUACGUACAAGCCCGGCCCCGGAGAGCUCUUGAUCAAGGUCGAGGCCGCGGCACUGGCACCGGUUGACUGGGCGAUCCAAUCUAUGGGGAUCCUCGUCGAGAAGUAUCCAGUGAUCCUCGGCUUCGAUGCUGCAGGUACCGUCGAGGAAGUCGGCGAGGGCGUCACGAAGUUUAAGAAGGGCGAUAGAGUGUUCCAGCAAUGCGAGUUCGGAGAUGGCCGCUGUGCUGGCUUCCAGCAGUAUGCCCUCACGUCCGAGGACACGACUGCAAAGAUCCCCCAUUUUAUCACCUUUGACCAAGCCGCCACGAUCCCUCUCGCUCUGGCGACCUCCGCCAUGGCGCUAUACCACGAUGGAGUGAACGUAUUCGGCGGUACGUGUAGCCUGACGCCUCCUUGGGAAGAAGGCGGCCACGGCAAGUACCAAGGGCAGCCCACGAUUGUCUUCAGCGGCGCCAGCACCGUCGGCCAAAUGACCAUCCAGCUACUCAAACUGUCCGGCUUUAGCCCUAUUAUCACCACAGCCUCCCUGAGCAACGCCUCGUUCCUCAAGUCCCUCGGCGCCACACACGUCCUCGACCGCAAGCUACCCGCCGACGCGCUCCGCGCAGAGAUCCGGAAGAUCACCCCAGAGCCGUUCAAGACCAUCUACGAUGCCGUCGGCUCGGAAGAGACACAGAAUCUCGGCUACGACCUCCUCGCGCGCGGCGGGGUCCUCGCGGCGGUGGGGCACAACCUGGUAGCGCCGGAGAAGAAGGUGCCCGAGAAGACGAACUUCUCUGUGUGGGGCGACGUGCAUAUCCCGCAGAACCGCAAGCUCGGCGCGAGCCUGUACUCGAAGCUGACGGAGCUGCUCGCGGAGGGCGCGCUGAAGCCAGUCCCGGUUGAGGUCGUCCCCGGCGGCUUGGAGGGAAUACCUGCAGGGGUGGAAAAGGUCGGAAAGGGAGUCAGCUGCGUGAAGCUAGUAGCGCAUCCACAGGAGGCCGUGUGA